UUUCCACGUACAGGGCCUCUCUAGCGAAACUGUGUUUAUGUUUCGCCAGCCGAGAUCUGGCUCUGUCCAAACGCCUUGUACUUUCGGUGGGCGUGGAUGGAUAGUAGAUCUACAUGUUUUGUAAGACUAGGUUGUGAAAGAUUCGUCUCUCUAGGAUAUUGAUUUCUCAAAUUUAUUCAGGUUUACAGAAUAUACAUAUUACUUAAAGUAUGGAAAUGAACGUUCACUUCGGAAAACAAGAAAACAUAACUGAUUCACCAGCCUGACUGGUGGUGCUCAGCAUUUUGCGGAUAGAUUUUUUUGGUGCAGUGCGGAGUAACAGUUAGGCCAAAGUGUAUACGUUGUGUUUGAGUGAGUGCUGUUACUUAUUGUCCAUCUGACCACAAUGCCGCCCUCUCCCACUACGACAUAUGAACGUGUCGGUUACCAGACGGACACUGAGACCCUGGUGGUGCCGGGACUUGACGAGGGGAGGCGACUGAACCGAGGAGACCCACACAAGAAUACCGCACCCUUCAACCGCAAGAAAAUACUGGUGACACUAUGUAUCCUCAUCACAGAGAUGUGCGAGAGGCUGACUUACUACAGUAUUGUGGCCGGCCUUGUUCUCUUCAGCAACAGCCAUCUAGGCAUUUCAGAGACGGAUGCAACCACCAUCAAUCAAGUCUUUUCAGGAUGGACAGCGCGCUCUGUUCUUCCUUGGCCUGGUGUUCGUUGCUCUGGGCACUGGAGGCAUCAAGGCCAACGUGGGCCCGUUUGGGGCGGAGCAGGUGGAGACCAUGGGCAAUGAAGCCGUGCAGUCCUUCUUUAACUGGUCAGUGAAUGAGGUUUUAUUGGAACUCCAAUAUGAUUUCAUGAAGCACAAAAUCGCAUUUUUUCAAUUUAUAGGAGACCUAUUUUAUAUACUGCAGACAGUCUCAAUGUCUUGUUUUACUCUAAUGGACACUGUGGUUUACUUCUUGUUACUUUCUACAGGCAGCAUUCUAACGACAGCAUGGAAGAUUUUGGUACAAGGUUGCAAGAUGUCAAAUACAUUCUUCGUGCAAGCAGAGCGCAUGGACAUCCGUGUGGGUGACAUAAACUUGCCAGCAGCUGCCCUUAACGUGUUCAACACUAUCAGCAUCAUUGUUCUGAUCCCCAUCGUAGACAGAGGGCUAUAUCCGUGCUUUGAGAAGAUGGGAAAACCGCUCACCUACCUCAAGAGGAUAGGCAUUGGCAUGGUGGUGGCCGCCCUGGCUGUGAUUGUGGCGGGCGUUGUGGAGAUCUACAGGAAGGAAGCCAUGAAUGAGCCGGGCGGCAUGCACGUCCAGACCCUGUCAGACACGCAGUUCAACGCCUCCAGCAUGUCUGUGUUCGUGCAGGUCCCACAGUUCACGCUUAUCGGCAUCAGUGAGAUCUUCACAAGUAUCACAUCUCUGGAGUUCGCUUACAACCAAGCCCCAAUCGCCAUGCAAGGUCUACUUACGGGACUCUUCCUCGCUGCCUCGGGUUUGGGCAACUGGAUAUCCUCCAUCAUCCUCAUCAUUGUGAAGGAGGCUACGAAGGACGACCCAUGGUGGGGAGAUGAAAUCAACGACACCAAAAUGGAGAACUUGCUCUUCCUUCUGGGAGGUCUCAUGAUGCUCAACUUUUUCGUUUUUUGCAUCGUUGCGCACUACUACAAUUACCAAGACCCGUCCACCUUUGAACGGCCUGACGAGGAUGAAAAUGACGUAAAUGAAGAUGGAAUAAAGGCAGGAGGGGAAGGAGGGUCUUAUAGGACUUUUUCUGAGAAGAGUCCAGUCAAUGGCAUUGAAAAUGCCGCCGAUGGGGGUACAACUUAUCCUUGAUUAGGCCUAAUUUAUUUUAUAUCUGGAUGUUGUUCUUGCCUUUUUAAAUAGCUGCUCUGUCAAUUGGAGAUCAUAGAUGAACAGAUGAAUGAAUUUACAUGCUGUCUUUCAAAAGAAACUAUAAUAUAUUUUAUUGUAAUAUGCUUCCUUUAUACAAAUGUUCUGAUCUUAGCUGAUGGGAUACGGAGGUUUACCAAGAAAGUUAUCAAAGCGAUUAUAAAAACACUAAUGAUAAUAUUGAUAUACAAGAAGAAGAAGAAGAAGAAGAAGAAGAAGAAGAAGAAGAAGAAGAAGAAGAAGACGAAGAAGAAGAAGAAGAAGAAGAAGAAGAAUCUUGUACCAAAGAGCUUUGCGAUUGCACACAAAACAAUCCAAAAUAAAAUAUAUCAUGGCGCACGUUAAAGCGCUACAAAGCACCACCAAGGGGAUAAUCUGAAAAUCCUAAUAGAUCAGGGAGCGCAAGACUGAGUCUGCAAGCAAAAUAAUGGACGCCUGCUGCCGGGCAGUACUUUUUAGAAUAUUCGUUAAAAAAACAGAGAAUAUGUAUACACAGUUCGCAUGACAAUCAUUAUGCUCAGCUGUUCUCUAGUCAAACGGUUCAUAAAUGUAGUUUUCGAACUGAGUUUAAGGGGUGGGGGGAGGGGGGAUUUGAAGUUUUCUGGAAGUUUGGAAAGAUUUUAGUCUUUAACAGGAACGUAAUGAUAUAUUCUUUUAUUAUUUAGAAACUAAAGGCCACAUGACAAACGCUAUUUCGAACUGCGAUCAGUACAGGGAUACAGCAGACAAUUAUCAUCAGAAAACAACAUUAUAACUUCAUAGGAUGAUCAUCAGGAGUUCAGUUUAUGUUAACUUUUUUAACCUUUACUUUUUUCUGCUCUCUUGAACCACAAGGUGUUGAGGGGAGAUGCAAUUUUUGUUGAACGUGGGUUAGGUUUAUUGGCCUGUAGAUUGUCAUGUUGUUCAGUUAGAGGGUCUCUUUGACUCUGUCAUUCCAUCUGCCUCGAAGCCAUCGAAACUAUCUAUGUUAUUGUUAUAGUCGUAAAAUAAGGCUUAUGUUGGACCCCCCAUGUCAUGCUGACGGGUCUGAACCAAGGGUGCUUUCACCCACAGGGAGAAAACAUUCCACUCAAACACAAACAAACAAAUGCACACGCGCACACCAACACACACACACACACACACACACACACACACACACACACACACACACACACACAUUAAAAUGCGGAAACCAAUGCAAUUAUUAGUGUCUGCUGUUAUACAGUGCCAAUGGUUCUAAGUAUUUCUUUAAUAUCCACUAGGUAUUAUCUGUGCCCAAGAACGCAUGUUUCUAAGAACGUCUGUUGGGCAUAGUUCUAAGUCUAUGCCAAAUGAUCUUUCUUCACACUGCUAUCGCCAGUUGUUUUGGGGUUUUUUAAUGCUUUUUCAUAUGCUUUAACUUUUCAUUUAUGUAAAUUUAGUUGGGUGUCAACUACGUCUAAUUUCGUCGGGACAAUUACGGUAUGAAAUUAAUUCAUUUCCCAUUGUUACACUUUUACCGUGUGCUGAUUGACAUUAUAGGUAUCUCACGGCGGAGAGCCUACAUGAUCAUGCCGCCUUGACGACAACGCAGAGACCUUUAUUUUUGGGUUACAUAGUUAGGGUUUGGAUCAGGGUUAUGGUUUGGGUUAGGGUUCAGUGCUUUAUUUUCAGGUUACAGAGUUAAAGUUUGGGUUAGGGUUUGAGUUAGAGUUGGGGUUUAUGUUAGGGUACAGAGCUUCUUUUUUUUUUAGUUUAGGCCGUACAGAGUUAGGGUUGGGAUUAGUGUUAGGGAUAGGGUUAGCGUUAGGGUUUGGGUUAGAGUUCUAGUAUUAUCAUAAUUCUUUUAAAUACCUUCCGAUUUCCGAGCCUUUACGUUCACAACAUUAGGUUAUGAAUUGGUGUCAGUGGUGUAUCAGUUAGGCAUUUCGCCCUCGCACGCAGAAAACUUAAGUUCCAUUCCUAUACCUGCAAUACCUGGAUGUGUCGUUUCUGACUCAGAGGUUGGGGUGUUAUGACCCUCCAUCCUUCACGGACGCGAGCUGCCAUUGCACAUACUGCUAUACUCAUGUCAUUCCCAUGUGUGCAGAUGUUAUUUCUCUAAAUAAAGUAUCUCCCUCUGUCAGCUGGGACGUUGUAUUCCUCACAGCCCACGUUGGAGCUGACAGGCAUUGUCAAAGCAGCUAAAUCUACCUCCUAAAUAAUCUAAAUAGUGUCGAUUGGGACUAAAACACAUACAAUAAACAAUUUUACAGGGUGUGUGGUUUAUACUUGUUAGGACCAUGUCACUAUUUCACUCGUCUUUGCGAGAUCGUAGUUUUUAAUGAUUACGUUGGCACAGGUAUAAGUGUAAGCAGUUGCAAACGAUUCCUCUAACAUUAUUUGAACCAAUCAUUGUUUCAUACUCAUCGAAAUCGAUCGUGAUCUGGUUGAAAUGUGACCUGUCUGUGAUUUGUACAUUUUCAACGUUCAGGGUUUAUCUAAUUAUAAACUAACUCUCCCUCUGAAUACUGUAUAGUUUUAUUUUUAACCAGAUAACAACAAUACAUAACAAUUCGUCUUUAGGCACAAAAACCACUUUGGUUGGACUCACGCUCAGAAGAUACAUGCCUAUAUCAUUUCAGCCAUUUUGGGAAAUGAGGAAAAACGGUUUCUUUCGAACAAUUGACUCUUUGAAAGGCUUGAAUGUGUGUACACUCAAUUGAUUUUAUAUUUGGAUCAUUCUUUUGUCCUAGUGAACAGCUAUACUACCAAGCUGGCUAUGCUCUUCAUUUCAGAACCAAAAACACCGAACUGGCAAAAAUGACUUAGGCAAUUAUCUUAUGAACGUGAUGAUAUAAAACUGGAUUAAUCUGUUAUGUAUUUGUAUAUUUAUUUAUAAACAAAUGUAUAAUUAGAUUGUUACAUUCAGAGCGUUGUUGUGUAUUGAUCGACUAAAUAGAGAAUGACGGAGGAAGCGACUAUUGAUUAAUUUAUAAUCUGUUUUUACAUAGGCUAUUAUUAUUGUUGGGUUGCUGUUCCCAGCCAGAUUGUGCGACAACGGACUCAUUUUUGUGGAGAUUUUCCAAAAGCUGACACUCUUUUAAGUUUUAGUAAGAGUUUAACGGCACUAGCAACACAUUGAUGUCAUAUAACUACAGAAGUUUUGAUGUAUAACAAAGAGAAACAAACUUUUAAAUCGUAGGAGGAAAGAUACGGACGAUAGAAUGUUUAGUAGCGAAAACAGGUGCAACCACGCCAGAGCACCAGCCAACCACCCACUGACAGUCUCUGUAACUGUAAAACUAAACAAAAGAAGUUGGAGCACACCAGUCAGACCUGUAGGGACUUAUACGUUCUUAUACUAGCCGUCUGACCGUCUAGGUAGGGACCCAACAGUCCCCCACAAGACGGUGAAUUACGCAACGACAGACAGGCUAAAGUGUAGAAUUUUCACGGCUGUCUAUCCACGUUUGUCAAAUCGUUUCCGGGAUUCUGGCCUAAAAAAUGAUGACUAUGACCUCUUACUUAAUUCUGUUUCACGCUAUUUUGAUAUCUCUUCAAAUAGUAUUUCCAGGUAUGUUUUUCUGUUUAGUUUGUCUGUACUCGUAUGUACGCUGGUUGCUAUAUUUUCUCUAUUACAGAGUACUUAACGCUUAAUCAAAAUGUGUAACGAAGUCUUCAAAUAUUAUAGAUCUAGCAAUGCUUGGCAUCAAACUUAUCGCUUCUAUUUAAUCAGUUUGCGCAUAUUUUAAUAAACGAAACAUGUUGGCGAGUACUGUUGAA